AAACAUCAGUUAGAACCUACUCUUAAUUUUAGACCUCGAAUCAAACUACUAAAAUCCCUGGCGCUUGCUAUGCACCUUCCUUUCUGGUCAGUUUCUAUGAACAAUAGACAGGGAAGGAGAGACUGAGAAAAAAAUGGCUGAUGGUGCUGUUCAGUUCUUACUGGAUAAACUAACCACAAUUUUAUAUCAGCAAGCCUCAUUGCUGGGAGAUGCUCAUGAUGAAAUUGUCGAGAUCAAACAUGAGCUAGAAAGCAUGAAGUCCUUCUUAGCAGACGCAGAGAGGACAAAGCAUAGGAGUGAGCUGGUGGAGACUUGGGUGAGGCAGGUCAGAGAAGUUGCGAAUGAAGUUGAGGAUGUGAUUGAUGAGUUCAUGCAUUAUAAAGAUGCAAGGAGAGAUAGGAAGGGGUUUAAGCAUUUUGUUCAGGAUGUUAUUGAUGGCCCGAAGCACGUGAGCUCCAGGCAUCGGAUAUCUUCCAAGCUGAGGAGGAUUAAAGAAAAAGUUUGUGAGGUUUCUGACAGGAGUAAGCGUUAUGCAUUUGAGAGGUCGGUUGAUGAAGGGAGGCGUAGAAGGCCACCUGAUGACUGGUGGCAGCAUCAUGGGGAGUCUUCAAUGUUUGAUGGUGGGGAUGAGAUUGUGGGGAUGGAGGAAGAUAAGAGUAAAUUGUUGGCAAGGCUGACGGGAGCUGAUCCAAGACGGACUCUUAUCUCAGUGGUUGGCAUGGGAGGUUUAGGGAAGACUACUCUAGUUACAAAAAUUUAUAAUGAGCAGGCGAUUCAGGGAUUUGAUUGUUGUGCUUGGAUAUCAGUUUCGCGGAUAUAUGAAUCUGAUAUUGAAGAGCUGCUGAGAAGCAUGAUCAGAGAGUUCUUCAAGGCGGAGAAAGUGAUGGUACCAAGCAACUUGGGCUCAAUGGACUAUAGGCAUCUGGUGGGAAUGCUGAUAGAAGUUUUACGCCUUAAAAGGUACUUUGUUGUUUUGGAUGAUGUUUGGAGCAUAGAUCUUUGGAUUAGAAUAAGAGGGGCAUUUCCUGAUAAUGGCCGUGGAAGCAGAAUUCUGUUUACCACGAGGAAUGAGACUGUGGCGAAUUCUGUAGGGCCUGGAAGCCAUGUCCAUCGGCUUGAGCCUCUGAAAGAGGAUGAUGCCUGGUCUCUUUUCUGCAAAAAGGCUUUUUGGACUGAUCCUGACCGGAACUGUCCCUCAGAGCUUGAAUCAUCCGCGAGGUUCAUUUUGAAAAAGUGUGAAGGGUUGCCUCUGGCCAUAGUGGCAAUUGGGGGCCUAAUGUGUUCGAGGAACAAAUUGGCAGUGGAAUGGAAGAAAGUCUGUGAUAGCCUCAAUUGGCAGUUAAGCAACAAUCCGAUGCUUGAACGAGUAAAGGGCAUAUUGCUGUUGAGUUAUAACGAUCUACCAUACAACCUGAAACAAUGUUUCUUGUAUUGCUGUGUUUUCCGUGAUGGCUACCCAAUCAAGAGAAAGAAGCUGAUACGCCUUUGGGUGGCUGAGGGGUUCGUUUUAGAACAAAAAGGGAUGACACUGGAGGAAGUUGCAGAGGACUAUCUGACAGAGCUUAUUUACCGGAGCAUGAUCCAUGUCACAGAGACUAGUGAUGUUGGGAGGGCUAAAACAUUUAGAUUGCAUGAUGUUAUGCGGGAAUUAGCAAUGACAACUUCUCAGAAAGAAAAUUCAUGUGCAGAAUUUGAUGGCAGGGACUCGAGGCUUGAAGAAAGAAUCCAGCGCUUAUCAGUCUACCACAGAGGUGAAAACAUCCAGAUAAGUAAAAAAACUUUGCAUCACCUUCGCUCUCUCUUCGUUUUCCAAAUAGAUGAAUGCUUUUCAUUCUCUUUAUCUGCAAUGGCAUCAAAGUUCAGAUUACUAAGGGUACUUGACUUACAAGGAGUCAAUAUUGAAACAGUACCAGCAAGAAUCACAAUUCGGAUAGUCCUGGUUUCUGUCAUGGAUUCCCUGUACCAGUAGGGAUAGGAAGACUACGAGAUUUACAAACUCUGACGUGCAUUGAAGCAAACGAGCAGCUAAUCCAGCAGCUAAGCACUUUGACAGACCUCCGGAGGUUGGAUAUCACAAACCUGACACCAGUUUGUGGGCAAAAACUGUGCACUUCGAUCC